GUACCUGUUCUUGGAAAUCUGGUAAGUACUGUGUUAAACGUGCGCACGAUUUAACUAAAACGAGGAAACGAAUUAUUAAAACUUUACCAACUAACAUUUGAAAGAUCUUCAUUGUGCCCAGAGGACACUCAAACAUUGUGUUUAAAAAAAACAGUUUUCCUGGAUUCUUCAUAUAGAUAUUUUAACGAUGGCACUUCCUGUGGAGGACGAGGAGAGGAACAGUCAGGGCAGCAUUGCUCAGGGGUCAUCUAAAGACAGCCAUGUGACCAGGGAUGUAAGCCCUGUAGUUUAUAGUUACAAGAUGGCAGAGCAAGUGGGAGAUAAGAUUUGUGGAAAUGCAGUGGAAGAAAGUACUUUGGGAAUGGAAGUUGAGGAUAGGAGUGCCAAGGAUGGAGAAGGCAGAGGCCUGUCUAUAGGGGAGGAGGAGGAGAAUGGGAAUCCAGAAAGGGAAGAGGGGACAGCAGAAGAGGUAGUCAGUCAGCUUAAAAGUACAGGGAGAAGAAAGAUGGAGGAUGGUGGUGCUGAGGUGGCAGGGUCUACAAAGGGGGAACAGGACAGCGCUAAGAGUGUUGAGGAGAAAGGAAAGGAUGAAGAGGUUUCCCAGGAGGAGAAGAAGAAGAAGGCUUUGCCCAAGAGAAAGCGCAGAAGGAGACCCAGACGACAGGCUGAGGCCCAGCAUGGAGCCGUGAUGAACUCGGGAGUCUGCUGUUGGAACAUCAACAUGGAAACACUGCAAAAAAUUCUUGAAAAAGUGGCCUUGUUAUUGUUUGUGUUCGCCAUCUGCAUGCCGAUAACUGAGUGUAAGCCAGUCAUGGAUGAGACCAUGUUGAAUGUGCGAAUGUGUGCUGUCUACAAUGACCCCAGCUGCCCUGCUCUGACUGCCAUAUAUUGGAUCAAUGGCACAAAGGACAUUCAGCUCUGGAAGAAAGACAUGCCAACGUGCAAAGACCUGGAGCCUUGUGUGCCUUGCAGGGAUGAUGGGCGGGUCAUCGUUCGUUUUGAUGAAGUGUGCAAAAUGAUCGACAUGGAAGGAUGUGGGCAUCGCAUUGACUAUGAAGUGACAGUGUGUCCACGAUUCGGGAAUUUGCAAGACGUUCAAGAUCAGAUUUCUCGCAGUCAUGCUACAACCACUCCACCACCUGACAAGAACACCAAGGUUUGGGAGACCAUGUUGAAUGUGCGAAUGUGUGCUGUCUACAAUGACCCCAGCUGCCCUGCUCUGACUGCCAUAUAUUGGAUCAAUGGCACAAAGGACAUUCAGCUCUGGAAGAAAGACAUGCCAACGUGCAAAGACCUGGAGCCUUGUGUGCCUUGCAGGGAUGAUGGGCGGGUCAUCGUUCGUUUUGAUGAAGUGUGCAAAAAGAUCGACAUGGAAGGAUGUGGGCAUCGCGUUGACUGUGAAGUGACAGUGUGUCCACGAUUCGGGAAUUUGCAAGACGUUCAAGAUCAGAUUUCUCGCAGUCAUGCUACAACCACUCCACCACCUGACAAGAACACCAAGGUUUGGGUCCCCACAGUUGUAGGUGUCCUUGGUGUUGCAAUCCUUGGUGCUGCGAUUUACUGGUUUGUGAAGAGACGAAACCCGAAAGGGAAGGCUCAAAAUAAGGAAGAACCAUAUUGAUCAGGUCUCGUAAGAUUACCCCCCCCCCCCCCCCCCCAUUGGUGGAUAUAUAUCAUGUUAUGAUGAGGAUGGGAAGAACAGCAAAUACCCUCUCCCGCAGGAGAACCUGGGACACUGAAUGUCUCAUGUCACCUCAUCUUUGGACUCAUCCAUGAAAAGAAAAUACUUGGAAGAGAGUUUCUUAUUCAAAUUCUAAUUUUUUAUGCAACAUACACACAUAUAGCAGUAGAAGAAAGGGGAUUUCCUAUGUGUAUGUUAAUCACAAUCGGUAGAUCAGCUAUAACCUUAUAAUCAAUACUGGUCUUUUUAUGACGAGGUGUUUGUUAGAUGCUUUCUCCAAUCUGAAGAUUGCUAAUACUUAUUGUCGAACGCCCCUGAAGGAGCAUUCGUUUUGAUGGACUUUGGAGAAACAAUUAAAAAAAAAAAAAAGAAUAAUGCUUAAUAAUGAAAAGUGUGCAUUUUGGCAAAUGUGUUUGACUUUGUGCAUACGUAUAUCCAAGUUGUGCAUUAAAAAGUUGUAGAUGCUUGCAUACAUAUAUAAAGGUUUUGCAAUUUUAAGUUUGGUGUUUUUAAGAGGAGUUUUGACCUCUAAACAUACGCAUGUGUUUUAUUAGAAAGAAUGUGCAUUGGCAAAUGGUUUUUAAGAAAGUGCUUGCAUAA